CGAGCGCGCACACUUGCACCAUGGCAGCCACCGUAGCAGCUUUAUCCGGACUGAAGGUUCUAGGCAAACAGCUGGUCAUCGCUCAGCGUAGCUGGCCCAGUAUCCUCUGCAGAGCUGCAAGCACCUCAUUCAAGGCAUCAGACCUGCAGAUAGAGCUAAACAAGCACCCCAAAGAGAAGACUGAUGUGGCCAACCUCGUAUUUGGGAAGACUUUCAGUGAUCACAUGCUGACUGUGGAAUGGAGCAAUGACAAGGGCUGGGGCAAGCCUCAAAUCAAACCAUUUCAAAAUCUUUCUCUUCACCCUGCCACCUCUGCUCUGCACUACUCUGUGGAGCUCUUUGAGGGAAUGAAAGCGUACAGAGGGGAGGACAAUCGUAUCCGUCUUUUCCGACCUAUGUUAAACGUGGAGAGAAUGCACAGAACUGGCCUUAGAGCCUGUCUACCUUCCUUUGACAAAGCAGAACUCCUGGAGUGCCUGAGAAAACUCAUUGAAACUGACCAAGAUUGGGUUCCUCGUUCCACUUCAGCCAGUCUCUAUAUCAGGCCCACCUUCAUUGGCACAGAGCCUUCACUCGGAGUCACAAAGUCCAAUCAUGCACUGCUGUAUAUCAUUCUUUCACCCGUGGGACCCUACUUUGCUGGUGGUGGCUUUUGCCCAGUUUCACUUCUAGCUGAUCCUCAAUACGUACGCGCCUGGAUAGGGGGUGUAGGGAACUGCAAACUGGGUGGGAAUUACGGUCCAACGAUAUUUGUACAGAACGAAGCAGUCAAGGUAGGAUGCCAGCAGGUCCUGUGGCUCUAUGGGGAUGACCAUAAAGUGACUGAAGCUGGAACUAUGAACUUCUUCAUGUACUGGAUUAACGAAAAUCAAGAGGUAGAAUUGCUUACCCCUCCUCUGGACGGUUUAAUUCUUCCUGGUGUGACCAGACAGAGCCUGCUGGAUUUGGCACGGCAGUGGGGGGAGUUUAAAGUUUCUGAACGGUCGGUCACAAUGAGCGAAGUCAUCAAAGGCCUGCAGGAGAACCGGGUAAAGGAAGUAUUUGGUGCUGGAACCGCCUGUGUGGUCUGCCCAAUAAAGAGUAUUCUCUAUCAGGGAACGGAUUAUCCCUUACCUACCAUGGAGAAUGGACCAGAUAUUGCAAAGCGGUUUCUAAAAGAGCUCACUGACAUUCAGGUAUUACUAUUGAAAGCAGUGUCUGUCCCUUUCUGUUCUCUGCACUGGUGGUUCAGACUGAUGAUACAAUAUAAGACAAGGCAGCUGAUUAACAGACCUGUCUUUGCAGGGGAACUAAGACUUUUGCAACAUUGUUUAAAAAGUAACAACAAGGAGUUAAAAAGUAACAACAGUCAAAUGCUGCUUUCAGUAGCAACUCUUUUACAAAUAUCCGCACUGACAUAAUGUGUAUUAGAAUGUUAUGUUUUAUUUUAUUAGGCAAAUUUUUAAUUUGGGGUCGACUUGACCUUUAAUCAUUCCCGGGAAAAGGUUUCCCCUAUUCAUGGAAGUGUCUCUGUUAGCAAGAAAUUCUCUGCACUCACCUGUAUCAAUAUUUUAAGGACAUUUUGUGCAUCAGGAACCUACUGUCUUAAAGUGGACCUGUCACCUACACAUAAAAAGCAGUUUAAUAAAAAUCAUUUGCAAAUUAAAAA